AGGGAAUGAGCCUCCGUCGAAACUUUAUACGCAGCUCAGCGCGCUCUCUCUCUCUCUCAGGGCGCAUUCCAUUCACUGAGUGCGUUUUCACAAAAGUGCAUACCCAGCAUAGUCCACAGAAGACGUAAAAGACUUUCACGGGGAUCGGUAUAGGCGAUUUUUUGGGGGACAAAGUAUCCACCGAUCAACUGAUCGAAGGCGAAGACUGUUGUGCACUUUUACAACCUAAUGCAGGUGAAUGAACUGAAUGAGGAGAAAAGGAUCACUUGUCAAUAUGAUGUAACUCAUCGUUCACAAGGCGUGUGACACAUUCAAGAUGGGAAUUUCCAGAUGACAACAAAGAUUUAGUUGGAUAACUCACGCGUCGAACGUGGGCCUUAUGAAGAACCUAACAAGAAACAUUCCCAAUAAGCAUUCAUAAUAUAUAAACGGAUUAUUCAUAAACAAACUCAAUCAAUCGUAGUUUGUCAUGGAGGGCUGCUGGUCAUGGUGUCACCGAACCUGCGUCUGUUGCCUAACUGAAGAGGAGAGAGGGACCAUCGCUGUUGACAAGGAAAUUCAGAGGAUACUGCGACAGCAAAAGCAGAGAGAGAGAAAGGAAAUCAAAGUUCUUCUACUCGGCACGGGAGAGAGCGGGAAGACCACCUUCAUCCGCCAGAUGAGGAUCAUCCACGGCAGGGGCUUCUCCGAGGAAGAGAGACGGGCCUUCGCCAAACUCAUCUUCCAGAAUAUCUUCACGGCCGUCAAGGCCAUGACGGGCGCCAUGACCACGCUCAAGAUACCCUACUCCAACAAGGAGAACGAGAUGUAUGCUAAGUGGGUCCAGGAUGUGGACACGGUGCAGGUCACCCAGCUGGACCGGGGCUAUGCGGACGCCAUUCGACACCUCUGGGCUGACGCUGGCCUCCGGGCCUGCUACGGGCGCCGCAGCGAGUACCAGCUCCUGGACUCCACAGAGUACUACAUGAAUAAUCUAGAUCGUCUGGCGGCGCAGGACUACAUCCCCACUGCUCAGGACGUGCUACGGGUCCGCUUCCCUACCACCGGUAUCCACGACUACGCCUUCAACGUGAAGGCCAUCACCCUCAGGAUUGUGGAUGUGGGUGGACAGAAGUCAGAGAGGCGGAAGUGGAUCCACUGUUUUGAGAAUGUCACGUCUCUCAUCUUCUUGGCCUCCCUCAGCGAAUACGACCAGGUCCUGGAGGAGAGAGACACUGAUAACCGGAUGGAGGAGAGCCUGGCUCUGUUCCACACCACCAUCCACUCCCCCUGGUUCCUCAACACCUCCAUCAUCCUCUUCCUUAACAAGACGGACAUCCUGGCCGACAAGGUCCAGACGUCGGACCUGCACAAGUACUUCCCCGGUUUCUCAGGCAAGAGACGCGACGCGGAGGACGCCAAGACGUACGUCCGCAAGAUGUAUGAGCAGCAGGCGCAGAGCCGGGAGAAGAGGGAGAAGAGCAAGACCCUGUACCCCCACUUCACCUGCGCCACGGACACCAACAACAUCCGCAAGGUGUUCAGCGACGUCAAGGACACCGUGCUGCUCAAGUCCCUCACGGACUACGGCGUGAUCUGAGGGGGGGAGACGCCAGGCGGGGGGGGGGG